CAACCUUUGCCUCUGAAGCUUGAGCCACCGCCGUACAAACCAACUAACAUGCAUCCACUGAUAACAGACAACGUGGAAUUUAAAGGGGAAGUCACACUAGAUGAAGGAGAUAAUAAAUGUAACACACAAGGGAGGGUCAGUGGGGACCCAGGCACAGAGGUGUCUGGCUGCAGUACAUCAAUACAAAGCCCCCUAGUACUCCAGUCACGGGGGAAACUAAGGAGAGCACGAAGGGGAAGAAAGGCACCCGACACCCUCCCAGGUAAUUAUCCUAUUCUAGUCAAAGGACAACAUGUCCACUAUCAACCGUGGGGUUCACAGGACUUGGAGGGAGUUAUUUCUAAACUCCCUAACAUUCAUAACGGGGCGUCUAAAUGGAUUCGAACAUUUGAGGAACUCACAGUGGGAAAGCUAAAGGCAGUGGGGGACCUGAAAGCUCUGUUGGCAAGAGUAUUGGGGUUAUCUAAAAUGGAGUCUGUACUGAGGAAUGGAGGGUUGGAUAUAAUGGACGGAAUGCAUGAUGGGACUACACUUGAUUACUACAGAGUGGCGAUGUGGACCACACUCAGAAGGGAGUUCCCUACCCAUAUCGAUCAUAAAAACAUGAGAGGCCUCCCCAUCAAUGACACAGAGAAUCCUGCAUCCUACCUCCAGGCCCAAUUGGACAGAUGGCGCUUGGAGACGAAUGAGGAUCCUGAGAUCCAUCCUGUGUUUUCGGUCAUGUUCAGAAACUCUGUGAUAGAGAUUCUACCUAGCCCAAUCAAAGUUAAGCUGGAUGAUGUGGUUGGACUGGUUACAAAUAAAACUCAUAGAGAAUUCUGCGAUCAUGUGGUUCAUGCAGUGGACAAAUAUCGGCAAAAUGAACACAAAAUACAGGAACAAAGCAAAGAGGUGCAGAGUAAGCUAUCUCAGCUUCAGUUGGAAGAACUCACAAAAAGAGAAAAGGAGAAGAAAAAACAGGCGGUUGUUUCCGAGUCUGUUAAUACAAUAUUGCAAGCCGUCCAGCAGGGCGCACCACAAACCCAACCUCCUCAACAGGCAUUCUCUACCCCAGUACAACAGCCUCAGAGCCAAUGGUCACCCACUCCACCAUUCAUAUACACCAUUCAGAUACACCUACAUAAUACUGGGAACCCAACAAAUGGGAAUAGGCAGAAUCAGAAUAAGGGGCCCAAAGGUCAGUAUAUAAACAAUCAACAACAAGGAUCCCAAGGACAACGCAGAGGUCCUUUAAUAUGUUAUGGGUGCAACAUGGAAGGACAUAUUAGGAGGAAUUGUUUGGCUAACCCCUAUCCACCACAGCAAGGACAGGGUAACAGCUAUCAGGGAAGACAGGAACAAGGAGGUAGCUACCAGGCAGGUCCCUUUAUGGGACAGGGAUACUAGGGGUGCCCAGAGAAUCCACAGGGGGAGGGUCAGCUUGUAGCAAUCACAAAACAAGCUGAUGAGGAACCAAUGCUGCAGGUUCUGAUAAAUUAUAGAGGCAUGCCAAUGAUGGCCCACACUGGAGCCACUAACACUUGCGUAGGUCCAAAUUAUGCCUCUCACCUCCCCAUGGCAGGAAAAUUCACCAAAACUUUAGGAUUAUCGGAACACACGCAGUUAAUACCUAUGACAGCUCCAAGUCAUAGGUAUAGCUCCAUUCUUAUUUUAAGUUGUAUAUGUGAGCGAAUGAGUGAGUGAAUGAGUGAGUGAGUGAGUGAGUGAGUGAGUGAGUGAGUGAGUGAGUGAGUGAGUGAGUGAGUGAGAAAGAGUUACAUUGAGUUGAGUUAGAGGGGUCAGAUGAAGUGAUUUGUGAAGAGUGAGACAGAGAAGAGGAAGAGUGUGUGGAUUGGCAACGAGAUUUGGCGAUGAGAUUGGAGAAGGCUUUCCGGUUAGAAUUUUCUUUGGGGACAUUCAUAUCUUUCGAUGGCCUUUUAAGAUUAAUAAUCUAGUUUUGGAGUGUGUCCAACAGAGAGAAAGAGAUUGAAUUUGCAUUGUGUUUAAUAGAUUAUUUGUGCGUUUGGAUGUACUCUGUAAUUGGUUCCUGAAUGUAACCCUUGUCCACUGUUUUAGAAAAAACGUAGAACCACCACUGGGAUGGGUGAUUCUGUGGUUCUUGGAGACUCUCCAACGCGUCGGAACACCAUAUGUAAAGGACAGUAGGUGGAUUGACGCCACAUCUGCUGGGAAGGAGUCAUACAUGCUAUGUUGUCAAAUUGGAUUCGGAAGUAGUGGGUUUACCUUCAAAUGCCACUAAUACUGCUGCAACACUUUAAUAAUUUUAACUGAUAAAUUAUAUUUUGUUUUAUAGUCGCCCUGAUGUGCAUUCAUGACGCACACAUAUGGCUGCAUAAGGCAGAUGCGGCUGAAGACUCUGUCUCCAUCCCUCCACUUUGCGAUCUAUACCACCAUAUAGGUGGGGAUUGAUCGUAUCCCAGGUACGGCAUCCUGCAAUAAGCCAGUAUGGAAGGCUGGUUAGCCAACGACGGGUAAGAUCCCACCUUGAAGCCCGGGACAACCUAAUUCAGGCACAGUCACGAUUACUUGGCAGAGUCACUGUGAGCACUGGCUCACUUGAUCAUGGAGUGACGGACUGCAACCAUCAUAGGAAAAGCCGGCUGAUGAAAGGUGGAGGGGGAACAGGAGUCAGAUAUGUCAGCUCUGGCAGCAGAGGUCGUUUUGAAACGGGGCAUGUCGCGUUUUAUUUCAUUUUAUUUUACCUUUGUGGCAUAGAAGGCCACUAACGCAUGUAAGUUUUUUCGGUUUAGUGCAUGACUUUGGAACAGCGUGGUUUCGGGCGGCUGAUGGUAAACCCACCCAUAUUGGGUUUAGGAGUUGGACAUAAUGGUUUCGAUUUCCCUUCCCAAAAGAUUGGUUUCAGUUUGCUGAUGCUUAAGGUUAGACUUUCGACGUUGGGUGCACCAACGGCGUUAUUAGAUUUGCUUAUCAUUUAAUGCGCAUGUUUUUGACCAUUGCGAAAGGGGGGAGGUAUUGAGGACAAUUUGGAAAAAUUUUGAAAACAAGGUUUUUCUUCACCAUACUUGCAAACAAUGAUUGACAUCCAACUAAAUGAGUGUGAAAUAUUUGGAAAAAACAGUGUUCAACAGAUGGGUAGAAGCAGUCCCAUCAGAAGACCAAAGUGCGGCUACGGUAAUCAAGGUUCUGACUAGAGAAGUCAUGCCAAGGUUUGGAAUUCCGUCACAAAUUAGCUCAGGCGACAGAGCAGCGUUUUUUCAGAAAACAAUCAAACAAGUGAUUUAACAUCGGCAUGUCAAACAAAGAUUAGGCUGUGUCUACAUUCCUCAAACCACAAGGUAUGGUGGAGAGAGGAAUCGGACGCUUAAGACAAAGAUUAACAAAAUUAAAUUAGAGUACUAAAUUAAAGGACUAAUGCACUACGACUGACACUAAUGAGUUAUCGCAUGAAAACUAACAGAACGACGCAUCUAACCCCGCAUGAAAUGUUUACGGGUCGACCCAUGCCUUCACCUGUCAUUCGAGGGCCUCAUAAAGGACCUCCAUUAGAACAAUUGGAAACUGAAUUAAGACGUUAUAUGGGACAACUAACUGGCAUACACAGGCUUAUUUUUCAACAAGAGAAAGGCAGAGUUCCAGAGUUGGAGAAGGAGCCACCAAGGGGGUCGGAGCCGGGUGACCACGAGCCUAGGCGAGAAGGGCCAUACAAAGUCACCAGCGCAACACCAACAGCCAUCCAAGUGGAAGGAAGUGCCACGUGGUAUCAUCUCAACCACUGCACUAAAGCUGCUCAACCCAAAGCCAGAGACGACCGUGAGGAGGAGGAGCCAGACGCAGACACACGUGGGGCUGACCAGCUGCCCCAGGACCAGAUCCAGUCGAGCCAAGAGAUACAGCAGCAUGAUGAUGCUGAAAACGGGGAGCCUGUUUCUGAUCCUUUACGGGUUGUGCCAGAUUUCGCUGGCACAAGCACAGACCCCGAGGAAGGAUGAAACCACGGGGACAACACAAACCUGGAAGGGCCAGGAAUUAGGGGGUGGUAGGCCUACUGAAGAAAGCCAGAGAGGAACACAGGAUAAUCCGGCCCAAAAUCAUUCAGGAAUAGUCAACAAGAAAGGGAAAAUAGUCUUAUAUGCUCAGAUACCACCGCGAGACCAAGUUAAUGAAUUUGUGUUUACUGUAAUGUCGGAUAACCAACCGUUAUGUGCAUUAACCUUCCGCCAGAAUCAUGAACAUGUGCAUAGGAAAGAUCAGUGUGAAUUACAUAUCCAAUUUAAUUCAAUGAAAUGGUGUCUGGCAUAGAGGAGUCGGGUGACUGGGAGAGGAUGCUCUAUGGGGAGAUAGAUUGGAGUGAAACUAGAGAGGAGACCGGAAUGUGAGAAUCAGACCCCUCCAUGUGAACCACAACCAUUUCAGACAGUGUGAACAAAUGGACAUUGGACUAAUGGGUUUCAGGGCUGGUGGCUGCAAACUAGGGAUGGGCAAAAUGAUUCUUUUCCGGGAACUAGUUAUUUCAGUUCAGUUCACUAUAACGAUUCGUUAAUUUGAUUCGUUCGUCACGUCAGAUUACAUCUUUUUUUAAUUGGUCGUGAGUCCGGAUAGGACCAUCAAGACCGCAUUCCGCCGUUUGGAGAUGCCUGCUAUAUAGUAUGUUGAACGUCCCACCAAUAUUUAUACCACUUGCUUACUCUCUAUAUUUCAUUCAUGGUUUUACAUUUAUAAUUUUAUUUUACUUUACAUUUAAUUCUUCAUUGUUCAGGCAUUACAGAACUUGCAUGGUCAUAAAUAAAAAAUACGAACUGCAGUUUAAUUUCUUUGUUUGUUCUUAAAUUGACAUAGAAUGGAGCAAAGACUCCUGGGAUUGGGAAAUGCGUUUAUCCAAUAAACAGAUGGAGGUCAAGUCUAUUUUCGAAAAAAUGUAGGGGGAUAUAUGAGUCGAAUGGUAUGACCCAAGAUACGUCAGAGAGAGAAAGCGCGCAUAUUCGACGGUACCGCCUUGUCAUUGGUUUACCCAGGUGCCAUUCCAACACCAUUGCUACCUCUCAUUGGCUGAAUCUUUGAGGAAGUUGUAGACUCAAUCAAUAUAAGUCGCGGGGAGACGGAGCUCUGUUCGUUUGUAUAUUUUAUUUACGUGACCAUAUGUUUGGUUAAAAAAAAAGAAUCAAAGAACCAGUUCUUCUUGUUUUGGGGAACCAGUUCUUGUCGUUCACGUUCGGGAUUCGUUCGUUGUAACGAAUCAGUCGCGACCGACACAUCCCUACUGCAAACAGAAGCAACAACCACGAUGCCCAAACCCCCCACGUUAUAUAGUAUACCGGUAUAUGACGAUAAUCAGAGCUAUUCAAAUCCAUGCAAGCUUGUUGACAAUCUUAGUUUUUAAUUUUUAUUAUGUUUUACAUUAUUGAAUGUAUGUUAUGUCAAUUUUUAAUGUAUAAUAUGGUGUCACAUAUUUUUGAAACGCCAAUUUUCAAUGCAUGCUGAAUGAUUAUUGAUUAUUAUGCUGUUUAUGAUUAUUAUGUAGGUAUUCUAGAUACACAUUUGAUAUAGUUGCAUGAUGAAUAUAGAAUAUUGUGUUAUUAUGAUUAGAAAGGUUUUAUGAUUACAUAUGAAACAACUUGUAGGGAUUAGAGUGUUAAUAAUACACUGCAUUUGGUAAAUCUUUUUGGCCUAAAAUCAGGUUGAAAUCCCUGUCAAAGCUCUGAGGUUUUUACCGAUGACCAGAUGUGGUGUCAAUUUGGCAAGGGCUUAGUAGCAUAUAGGCUUAGCAAUAAUCCAAGUAAUUUGUUGGAACCUUAUUGGCCCCAUCAAGGGGGGAUGUGUGGUAGAAAUGAAUGAUUAUAUUCUAUGGUAAACUAUGAUUAAAAUUAGGCCUGUAUAUCUAAUGGUAGAAAACAUGUAAAGCGUCUUGGAUUUUGAUCCAGGGCUGGUCACGAGGCCUGGGAGUCUUGGGUCAGAGCAGGGGUUGGGGCGCAACCCCCCAGGAGCAGUUGUCUACUGAGACAAUGCAUGCUGACUCCACUUCCUGGGUCCUAGACUAUCUCGGUGACCAUCUGUUUAGAAGUAUUUGUGUUUUAUUAUGUGUGGACACCUAGAAAAACAAGAAACUGCUGAGGACUGUGCUCUUGUGUGUUUAAGAAGAGGCUCAAAUCUGUUGGCAAGGCAGUGACUCUUAAGACCUACUCGGCUGUUAUCGUUGU